AUGCAAGUGUUGAAUCUGGUACGUGAGUUUGAGCUGCAAAGGAUGAAAGAAAGUGAAACGAUAAAGGAGUACUCUGACAAACUCCUUAAAUUAGCAAAUCGCAUUAGAUUGUUGGGUUUUGCUUUCAAUGAUUCAAGGAUCUUUGAGAAAAUCCUAGUAACGGCACCUGAAAGAUUUGAGGCUACCAUAACAACCUUAGAAAAUACUAAGGACUUAUCCAAGACAACACUUGCAGAGCUCUUAAGUGCUUUACAAGCGCAAGAGAAACAACAUGUUAUGAGACAAGGAGGAGCUAUCGAAGGUGAUUUCAAAGGAAACAACCCUCCUUGUAAGGAUUGCGGCAAGAUCGGGCAUACACCUUUCAAGUGUUGGAAGAGGCCUGAUGCUAAGUGCAUUAAGUGCAAUCAUCUUGGGCAUGAAGCGAUCAUCUGUAAAAAUAAAACUCAGCAAAAGGAUGCAGAGGCUCGAUUUGUUGAUGAUCAGGAAGAGUAUCAACUCUUUGUUGCAUCAUGUUUAGCAAGCAGUGUCUCAAGCGAGUCGUGGCUGAUCGAUAGCGGAUGCACAAAUCAUAUGACUUGCGAUAAAGAUCUUUUUAAAUAUUUGAGCCCUACUAAAGUUACAAAAGUUAGGAUCGGCCAUGGUGGUUAUAUUCCAGCAAAAGGAAUGGGAACCAUCACAAUUGAAACACAAUCGGGCACUAAAACAAUUUCUGAUGUUCUUUACGAAGCAUCUAGAAAAUACCUAUUUAAUGUUAAAAUGAGAGGCAGAAGUUUCUCAUUAAAUCUAUUGGAAGAAGAGCGUGGAUUUCACCAAUCGCGUGUGGAGCUACCUCUGCUAAAAAAAGACAUUCCACCUGAUGAUGAAGGAUGUCUUUGUCCUAGUUGCGAUUGCAAAGUUGACUGCAUUGACUUGCUUAAUAAUCUUCAAGGAAAAGACCUUUCCAUCACUGACAGCUGGGAGAAAGUAUAUCCCAAGGACGCUGUUGCUACGUCUGGGGAGAAGCUAGAUAAUAUCUAA